GCACAGCCUCAGACUCUCACAACCAAGAAGACACCGUUUAGAGUAGCUGCUGCUUCUUAACAGGAAAAAGACUGAAUCAGGACUUGUGGACAUUCUUGGGCUUUUUCUGUCUUGUCUGUCUGUAUUCUCUCACUCUUUUGGAGUUAAGAGAACUUUUGAUGGGAGAAAAGCUCCCAAGGGUGCCAGGUGGAGCCCGGCUCCACAGUGACAGUUUGAGCAGACCAGUGCAGACCCUCAGGGUUAAGAUGGUACUUCUGGGAAGCUCUGGUGUGGGAAAGUCCAGUCUGGCAAUGCGAUUUGACAAGGAUGAAUUUAGGAGUACAACACCUACUGUAGGCUGUGCCUACCUGACCCGGGUGGUGCAUCUGAGUGAUGUCACUCUUCACUUUGAGAUAUGGGACACGGCAGGGCAGGAAAAGUACCACAGCAUCACCCCACUGUACUACAGAGGGGCCCACGCUGCACUCUUGGUCUAUGAUGUCAGCCAGAGGGAAACGUUUGUCAGAGCUCAAGUGUGGCUCAAAGAGCUUGAGAAACAGUACAUCCCAGGAUCUACUGUCAUUUGGCUGGUAGGCAACAAGGUGGAUCGGGAGCAGGAUCGACAAGUCUCAGUGCAGGAAGGACAGAGUCUGGCCAAUGACAGGGGCUUAUUGUUUACAGAGACGUCAGCCCUGUCGGGGGAUCAGGUCUGCGAGCUGCUGCUAGCUGUAGCCCACAGAGUGCACGAGUGUAUUGGAGCGCAGCAGGGAGGUCUGUCAGAGUGGCAGGAAACGGCACAUGUGGAUCUGCAUCGUAGAGACACAUUCAAUCCUUUUGUAUCCUGCUGCAAAGUUGGACCCUAACCUCUGUGACUAUCAGUUGUGUUGCUGCUUGUCUUUGUUUCUCUGUCUUUAUCCUUUAAAAGUUACUCUAAGUCUAAGGCUAGGCCAGGGGUCGGCAACCUUUACUAUCCAAAGAGCCAUUUUGCCCUAUUUUCCACCAAAUAAAAUUCGU